AUGAGUUCGAUUUAUACGUCUACGGAACCCACCAAUUCAGCCUUCACAACUGAUGACUACAAACCACAAUUGGUUGAAGGUGUAAAUUCGGUGCUUGUUAUUGGGUCAGGUGGUCUUUCCAUCGGCCAAGCUGGUGAAUUCGAUUACAGUGGUUCUCAAGCCAUCAAAGCCCUGAAGGAGGACAACAAGUAUACAAUAUUAGUCAACCCCAACAUUGCUACUAACCAAACGUCCCACUCUCUGGCGGAUAAGAUCUACUACUUGCCAGUCACACCGGAGUACAUCACAUACAUUAUCGAGCUUGAAAGGCCCGAUGCUAUACUCUUGACCUUUGGUGGCCAAACAGGGCUGAAUUGUGGUGUUGCUCUGGACCAGUCUGGUGUUUUGGCCAAAUACAACGUCAGAGUCUUGGGUACUCCUAUCAAGACUUUAAUCACUUCUGAGGAUAGAGAUCUUUUCGCAUCUGCCUUGAAAGACAUCGAUAUCCCUAUCGCGGAAUCGUUUGCCUGUGAAACCGUGGACGAAGCCUUAGAAGCUGCUGAAAGAGUCAACUACCCUGUCAUCGUUAGAUCUGCAUUCGCCCUGGGUGGUCUAGGUUCAGGUUUCGCCAAUAAUGCUGGUGAAAUGAAAGAACUGGCCGCACAAUCUUUAUCUUUGGCUCCUCAGAUCCUCGUAGAGAAAUCAUUGAAAGGUUGGAAAGAAGUCGAAUACGAGGUCGUUAGAGAUAGAGUUGGCAAUUGUAUCACAGUAUGCAAUAUGGAAAACUUCGACCCGCUGGGUGUUCACACUGGUGAUUCUAUUGUCUUCGCUCCAUCGCAAACUUUAUCAGAUGAGGAAUUUCACAUGUUAAGAUCAGCAGCUAUUAAGAUUAUCAGACAUUUGGGGGUUAUUGGUGAAUGUAAUGUUCAAUACGCCUUGCAACCAGACGGGUUAGACUAUAGAGUCAUUGAAGUUAAUGCCCGUCUAUCUCGUUCCUCUGCAUUGGCCUCUAAGGCUACCGGCUACCCAUUGGCAUACACAGCCGCUAAAAUUGGGCUAGGUUAUACAUUACCAGAGUUGCCUAAUCCAAUUACAAAGACUACAGUGGCUAAUUUUGAACCCUCUUUAGACUAUAUUGUGGCAAAGAUUCCCAAAUGGGAUCUUUCCAAGUUCCAGUAUGUGGAUAGAUCCAUUGGCUCCUCUAUGAAAUCAGUCGGUGAAGUUAUGGCCAUUGGCAGAAAUUAUGAAGAAGCUUUCCAAAAAGCAUUAAGACAGGUGGACCCAUCAGUCUUAGGGUUCCAAGGGUCCACUGAAUUUGGCGAUAAACUAGACGAAGCUCUAAGAACUCCGACAGAUAGAAGAGUGCUUGCCAUCGGCCAGGCCUUGAUCCAUGAAAACUAUACUGUUGAAAGAGUUAAUGAAUUAAGUAAAAUUGACAAGUGGUUCCUCUACAAGUGCAUGAAUAUUGUUCAUAUAUAUAAAGAGCUUGAAUCUGUAAGCUCUUUGAGUGGUCUAAGUAAAGACCUUUUGCAAAAAGCUAAGAAACUAGGGUUUUCGGAUAAGCAAAUUGCAGUUACUAUUAAUGAAUACUCCCACACAAAUAUUAAUGAAUUAGAAAUCAGAAGUUUAAGAAAAGCUUCCGGCAUAAUUCCAUUCGUCAAGAGAAUUGAUACUUUGGCCGCAGAAUUCCCAGCUCAAACCAAUUAUUUAUAUACCACUUACAAUGCUACCAAGAAUGAUGUAGAGUUCAAUGAACACGGUAUGCUUGUUUUGGGUUCUGGUGUUUACCGUAUUGGUUCCUCUGUGGAAUUUGACUGGUGUGCUGUGAACACCGCCAAGACUUUAAGAGCUCAGGGUAAGAAAACGAUCAUGAUCAACUAUAACCCAGAAACUGUCUCCACAGAUUUUGAUGAGGUUGAUAGAUUGUAUUUUGAAGAACUUUCGUAUGAAAGAGUAAUGGACAUUUAUGAAAUGGAACAUUCUGAAGGUUGUGUUAUUUCCGUUGGUGGUCAAUUACCUCAAAACAUUGCUCUAAAACUUCACGAUAAUGGCUGCAAGAUACUGGGUACUGAUCCAAAUGAUAUUGAUAGAGCUGAAAAUAGACACAAGUUUUCUUCGAUUUUGGAUUCCAUUAACGUCGAUCAACCUGAGUGGAGUGAAUUAACAUCAGUGGAGGAGGCCAAAGUAUUUGCAUCUAAAGUAAACUAUCCUGUUUUGAUCCGUCCAUCAUACGUUCUUUCCGGUGCGGCAAUGAGUGUCGUUAACAAUGAAGAGGAACUGAAGGCCAAAUUGACUUUGGCAUCCGAUGUUUCUCCUGACCAUCCAGUUGUCAUGUCCAAAUUUAUUGAAGGUGCUGAAGAAAUUGACGUUGACGCAGUAGCUUAUGAUGGUACCGUCCUGGUGCAUGCAAUCUCUGAGCAUGUAGAGAAUGCAGGUGUUCAUUCCGGUGAUGCUUCUCUAAUCUUACCACCACAGCAUCUUUCUGAUGAUAUCAAAAUUUCCCUGAAGGAUAUUGCUGACAAGGUCGCUAAAGCCUGGAAAAUCACUGGUCCAUUCAAUAUGCAAAUCAUUAAAGAUGGAGAGCAUACUUUGAAAGUCAUUGAAUGUAAUAUUAGAGCUUCUAGAUCCUUCCCAUUUGUUUCAAAAGUUUUGGGUGUCAACUUCAUUGAAAUUUCUGUAAAAGCGUUCUUGGGAGGUGAUAUCGUUCCGGAACCAGUUGAUUUGAUGCUCAACAAGAAAUACGACUAUGUUGCCACUAAAGUACCCCAAUUCUCCUUUACAAGAUUGGCUGGUGCCGAUCCUUUCUUAGGGGUUGAAAUGGCAUCUACUGGGGAAGUUGCCUCUUUUGGUAAAGAUCUGAUUGAAAGUUACUGGACGGCUAUUCAAAGCACUAUGAACUUUCACGUUCCUUUGCCUCCAAGUGGAAUAUUAUUUGGUGGUGACUUGUCUAAAGAGUAUCUGGGCCAAGUGGCUUCUAUAGUGGCUACUAUUGGUUACAAGAUUUAUGCCACCAAUGAAAAUACCAAAAGCUAUCUACAGAAGCAUAUCAAAGAGAAGAAUGCACAAAUAUCUUUAAUCGAUUUCCCAAAGAAUGACAAAAGAAAAUUGCGUGAGCUAUUCCAGAAAUAUGAUAUAAAGGCCGUUUUCAAUCUGGCUUCCAAGAAAGCUGAAAGCACUGAUGAUGUUGAUUAUGUUAUGAGAAGAAAUGCUAUUGAUUUUGCUAUUCCUUUAUUCAACGAACCUCGCACUGCUUUACUAUUUGUCAAGUGUUUGAAAGCAAAGAUUGCUGAAAAGAUAAAAAUCUUGGAAUCUCAUGAUGUUAUAGUUCCAUCAGAAGUUCGUUCAUGGGAUGAAUUUGUUGGUUUUAAGCCGGAAUAA